AUGGUGCAACCAAACAAAACUAAAAAUUCAGGAAAGAUCUCUUCAAAUCGUCGCAAUCGUUCUGAUAAGAUUACAACGUUUGAACAACUAUCAUCGGAGAUUUUCUAUGAAAUUUUCGAUUAUCUAACAGGCAAUGAAAUUUAUGGAUCUUUUUUUGGUCUCAAUAAACGUAUUAAUGACCUUCUCUACAAUAAACCAAAUAUUCAUUUGGAUUUCACUCGAUCAACAAGAAAAUUUUAUAAUAGUUUUCAACGAAUAUUUUGCACCCAAAAUAUUAUUUCGAUUGUAUCUGACUGUAGUAUUGAGACAAUACUGCAAAGAUUACAUGAUUCAGCUGGCGGAGGACGAUUGAAAUCGAUUUCUCUUCCGUAUUUACCUUUGCAUAUGUUUCAUACUAAAAUACCCGAAAUCUUAAGCGGACUCAAGCAACAACUAGUCUCUUUGAAAAUUGAAUUGAUGAAUGAAUGGUCUUAUGGAACUGAAUCUCAAACUGCUCUAUCGUUUCAAUAUUUGCUCACCGAAUUACCAGCAUUAAAGUAUUUUGGAUUGAAUGGCUCUGAUCAAAUUGAUUCAAUAACCUAUUUAGAUCCGAGUAUUGUCAAUAAAACGGUUAUAAGUUUAAGUAUGUCUAUCAGUGAUCAUGUACGUUGGACGCACAUAUUAUAUCGAUUUGAAAACCUGAAAUUACUUACAAUCAAUUUCCGUUUUACCAAUGACAAGAAAAGAGCGGCUCCUCGAGAUUCUACAUCAUAUUUUGGGAAUCAAAUACACGAACCAUUACCAAUCAGUUAUUCUCCUCGACUUCGUCAUGUCAAAAUUUAUCAAUAUAAUUUCAUACUAGAAAACAUUGAACUUCUGUUUCAACUAUUGAUUUCAUCAACUUUAUUGACUUUGCGCUUAUUUAAUUGUCAACGUCAUUUUACGAGAUUUCCGCAACCGAAACGACAACCUCCUUUUCUCGAUAGUUCAUCGUGGCAUAGUUUAGUGAAAAAGUAUUUACCACCAACGAUGAAACGCUUCUUUGUCGAAUACGAAGAUGUUGAUAAUAUUAUGUCGAUGACAAAUCUAGUUCAAGUUAAAAAUAAGUUUAUGAAAUAUAGUGGAUCCGAUUUACCCUGGAAAGUAGCUUGUGCAUACAACCAAAAGACAAAAUUUCUAUCUUUUGAUUUCAUAUUUACUUAA